UAUAUCUACCUAUAGCUCUGUAUUCACUCACUGGAGAGCGAGGGAGGCUGUGGGCGUGUGAUAUUGGUAGAUGCAGCAGUGCCGGCCGGCGGCACAAAUAAUUUCAUUCACAAACCUAAUUCCCAUCAAAUUCUAAUGGAGACAGUGAUUUAUACAAUUAACUGUUAACUUUUUAGUGCGAGUUCGAAGUUGGAACGCUCCGCCGCCUCUAAAUAAACUAACGAAAAUUCUGUGUGAAAUUACCAAAAAGUAAUUAAAAUAUUUUGUAGUGUUAAUUUUAGAGUGAUUUUGUAAAAUAAAUUGUGCGACAAUGGCUGAAGGUUUGGAAUACGAGACCAUAGUGCAGAAUGGGCCGAAAAAAGUAACAAUGACCACUGGCCUGGACCGGGAGACGAUACGCUCAGCUUACGAAGAUGUAAGAUCAGACGGAACUCCAACUGAAUGGGCGGUGUUCAAAUUCGAGGGCGCGCGCAUCGUGUGCUCGGCGCGCGGGAGUGACUUCACCGAGUUCCGGACGCAGUUCUCAGACGACGAGCGCGCCUUCGGAUACCUCAGGCUGCAAAUGGGCGACGAGAUGUCGAAACGUCGGAAGUUCUUGUUCGUGACGUGGGUGGGUCCCAACGUGUCAGUCAUCAACCGAGCCAAGAUGUCCACGGACAAGGCCAUCAUCAAGGACAUCAUAUCAAACUUUGCUGUGGAACUUCAACUGGAAAGCCAAGCUGAAAUAGACAUCGAUCAGUUCAAAGAUACGUUGAACAGAGCCGGCGGAGCGAACUAUGGCACUGGAAUCCGAGAUUUAUGAAUUGCACAAUGUAAAAUUAAUUUCUUACCACAAGUCAAACAUGACCUCAUAAACUUAAAGAAACCUUCAUAAUAAACCUUUUUUCCGUGGUGUGUUCAUAAUUUUUCGAAGAUCAGGCCGUUAUCUGCUUGAAAAAACAUUUUUAUACCAUAAUAAUUAGUCAUUUCGUAACAAUUUUAGUCUUAUUUUUUGUCAGUAAAGAUCUAUUUAUUUUUUUUAUUAACAAAAUUUAUACCAGUUAUUGGAAUGUACUGUAAGUAAACAAUAGGUAAUUUGUAAAGGCAUUGUGCAAUUAAUUCUUUGGUACCAUAAUUUAAGAAAUAUGCCAAAAAAUAUUAGCAAUGUUGCCAUGUAGAGGGCGCGCUAAGUGCAUUUAUUUUUUGUCAACAUGUAUUUUUGUGACUGUCGAAAUUUUACUUCAUAUUGUAUACAAAAUAUGGAUUUUAUGGGCUUUUAUACAUUGAAUAAUAAUUAUUAUUACGCAGCAUAUUAUUAUUAUCGAUAAACCAACUGAAAUUAAAUUAACCAACAAUA